UCAAUCUUUGUAGAAAUGGGUGGUUGUUUCAGCAAAAACAAAUAUAUAGAGCGAGAUGGUGAAGGUAAUAGGCCAAGAACAAGAAGGGGGAACAUUCCUGCAUCAUAUCAACAUUACAAACAUCCAGUUUAUUAUCAUCCAAGACCAACCCAAGAGAGGCCUUAUAUGCCCCAACAUCCACAACAACAACAACAAAGACAUGCACACCAAGUUACUGUAAAAAGUACUCAACCAAAUGUUCCAGUAAUACAAAGAAUAGAACAAGAUCCUAUUUUGGGUAAGCCAUAUGAAAACAUUAAAGCACAUUACACACUUGGGAGAGAAUUGGGUAGGGGUCAAUAUGGAGUGAUUUAUCUUUGUACUGAGAAUUCUACUAGGCGGAAUUAUGCUUGCAAGUCUAUAUUGAAGAGGAAGCUUGUGAAUAGGAAAGACAGAGAGGAUAUUAAGAGGGAGAUUCAAAUGAUGCAGCAUUUGAGUGGACAACCAAAUAUUGUCGAAUUCAAAGGUGCUUAUGAAGACCAGUAUUCGGUGCACCUUGUGAUGGAACUUUGUGCUGGAGGGGAAUUAUUCGAUAGAAUUAUUGCCAGGGGAUAUUACUCUGAAAAAGAUGCUGCUGAUAUUAUCAGACAGAUAGUGAAUGUGGUCUAUAUUUGUCAUUUUAUGGGUGUUAUGCAUAGAGAUCUCAAGCCAGAGAAUUUCUUAUUGACUAGUAAGGAUGAACAUACAAUGAUCAAGGCAACUGAUUUUGGGCUUUCUGUUUUCAUUGAAGAAGGUAAGGUGUACCGCGAUAUAGUUGGUAGUGCAUACUAUGUUGCUCCUGAAGUAUUGAGGCGCAGUUAUGGAAAGGAAGCGGAUGUAUGGAGUGCAGGUGUUAUUUUGUAUAUUCUGCUUAGUGGUGUACCUCCAUUUUGGGAUGGUAAGAACAGAGACAAUAACAUAAUAAGAUUGUACUGGUGGUUAUUUUCUGCGUUCUCUUUUAACAUGUCUUGCCAAAUCUUUUCAGAAACUGAGAAGGGAAUAUUCCAUGCUAUACUACAAGGAGAAAUUGACUUUCAUAGUGAUCCGUGGCCAUCCAUAUCAAAUAGUGCCAAGGAUCUUGUUCGGAAAAUGCUAACACAGGAUGCGAAAAGCAGAAUCACAUCAGCAGAAGUUCUUGAACAUCCAUGGCUUCAAAGUGGAGAAGCAUCAGACAAGCCAAUAGAUAGUGCAGUGCUGUCCAGAAUGAAGCAGUUCAGGGCAAUGAACAAGCUCAAGAAACUAGCACUGAAGGUCAUUGCAGAAAAUUUAUCUGAAGAAGAAAUUAAAGGUUUGAAAGCUAUGUUUGCAAACAUGGAUACAGACAAUAGUGGAACAAUCACUUACGAAGAACUAAAAUCGGGAUUGGCCCGCCUUGGAUCAAAGCUUUCAGAGGCUGAAGUUAAGCAACUUAUGGAAGCUGCUGAUGUGGAUGGAAAUGGAACGAUUGACUACAUUGAGUUUGUUACUGCAACAAUGCAUAGACAUCGACUUGAAAGGGAUGAUGAUCUAUUCAAAGCUUUUCAGUAUUUUGACACAGACCAUAGCGGCUUCAUAACAAAAGACGAACUGGAAAGUGCUAUGAAGGAGUAUGGUAUGGGCGAUGAGGACACCAUUAGGGAAAUUAUAGUAGAGGUGGACACAGACCAUGACGGCAGGAUCAAUUAUGAGGAGUUCUGUGCGAUGAUGAGGAGCGGAACACAGCCCCAAGAUAAACUUUUUUAGUUCCUUGAAACAGUAACCUUGAAAGCAGAGCUGUUCAGCAGCCAGCACGAUGUGGAGAGCUGGGCUGCGAGAAGAGAAGAUUCAGAAAAAGCGGAAGAGGUAUUCUUGAUGUACUUGUUAUACCUGGUAUCUCCAAUCUAUUUUUAUUUGCUUUGACUACUUUGGAAAGCAGUUGGAGUACAGGAAGCAUUUUGGUGUACAUCGAAUUUAAAGCGGAAUAGCUAGUAAAAUUCAUAUAUUUAUAAUUUAUAUUCAUUCCGCCCCAAAAAGAAUGCAGUAUUACUUUUUUGAGAAAU